AUGCCACUGCUGGAAGCUUUCACCUUCUUGUCCUUCUGGGCUCUUGGCCUUGGGUUAUCUACACUGGAGCAGUCCCAGCUGUCCGUUACCACAGAAGUGGGGGGAAGUAUUGACAUAGGUUGCAAGAUAACAAGCACCAAUUUUGAACAGGACAUCAUUCACUGGUACCGGCAGAAACCGAAUCAGGCUUUGGAGCAUCUGAUUUCUGUGAGCUCCACAGAAGGCCCUGCUCGAAGCCAUGUAGAUGGGAAGAGAAACAAAGUUGAGGCAGGAAAGAAUUCUCAACUUCUCACUUCAACCCUCCGCAUAUAUUUCAUAGGAAAAGAAGACACAGGUACUUACUACUGUGCUGGGUGGACUAAUUAA